GUUUAGAAGUCCGACUUCCGGGACUUCUCUUGCGCCGCUACGAGGGUACGAGAGAAAACCCUCUGCCCUAGCUCUAAACCCUAGGGCUCCCUUCUCCCACCCAAUCGCGCACUCGUUGCAAUCGAAUUCGGACGACGUGGGAUGGGUGCAAAGGCGAAGAAGGCUUUGAACAAGAAGCUGAAGAAAAAUUCUUCUCAGUUAUCCAUCUCUCGGCGCACCAAUGAAUCUUCUGACUUCUUGCCUUUAGAAGGGGGUCCAGGGAGGAGAAUUUCUGAGCCGGAAGAACCCGUGAAAGAAACUGCGACGGUAUUGUAUAUUGGCCAUAUACCUCAUGGAUUCUACGAGGAGCAAAUGCAAGGAUUCUUCCAGCAGUUUGGGAAAAUCAAGAGGCUAAGGAUUUCACGCAACAGGAAGACAGGGAAAUCAAAACACUAUGGAUUUCUUGAAUUUGAAAACCCUGAGGUGGCCAAGGUUGUGGCCGAUGAGAUGAACAAUUACCUAUUAUUUGAGCACAAUCUCCAACUCAGUCUUAUUCCACCAGAGCGUGUUCAUCCAAAACUGUGGAAGGGAGUAAACCGAAGAUUCAAACCAGUGGAUUGGAAAGCAAUUGCACGGAAACAGCAUAACAAGGAAAGAACUCUGGAAGAACACCAGCGGAUGGUGAAAGGAAUUCUAAAAAGAAAUGAGAAGCGGGACAAGCGGAUAAAGGCUGCUGGUAUUGAUUAUGAAUGCCCAGAUUUUGUGGGUCCCAUUCAAGCUGCACCAAAGAAAAUCAAGUUUGAUGAAGAAGAGGAUUAGGAAAGCCUAGCCUGCUGUUUUACUGUUUAGAGCGUGGCUGAGGGUGCCCAUCCUUGUGCUACGCUAUUGGGAUGUGGUCUUGCUCUUCUCCUUUUGGUUUCUCACUGCAGGAUGAUGGAAGUAUAUCAAAUAUAUGAGCUUGAGUCUGCCCCGCUUUUGUUAUCAUUUAAAUGAGAGUUGUACCUGAUGAGAGAUGAUAAGAACCUUCUACCUAAUUAUCAAGUCAGAAUUUUGGAAAAUGGAUUACAUAUUUGUGCUAGCAUGAACCUCCGAACUUCAAUGUCAUUUGAAUGGUGCAUGAUGGUUGAUCCUUAUUAAUUGCUUAGAUCUGU